CACACUUGAAUAUUGUGCAUUCCAAUUGGAUCACCCCAAGAAACACCAUGAACAUGAAGUGGUUUGCAUCUUUAGCUUUUUUAAUUCUUCUCGAGACUUCCAUGACUGAGGGUCAAGAUGUGCGAGUGAAGCUUUGUGGUCGUGAGUUCAUUCGGAUGGUGGUCACAUCGUGUGGAAGCUCUCGACUCAAACGGAACGUGCCUGAUUCAGACCUUCACUUUGCAAACCCUCACAGUAGAUUUGCCUUCUUCAGACAUUCAUGGAAUCUACAAAACUGGUUUGACAGAGAUCACAUUGCACACCAGAAAGGGACCCUGACUGCUGAGGACAAGCAGUGGAGGGAGCAUGACUCCCCUGAGAGCGCGACAGAGCAUCUAGCCCCCCGUCAGCACACAAGCCCACCAGCAGAGCUUCUGGAACACUCCACCACUGUGCAGGAUCUCAGCAUGUCCUCCAGGACCCGCCGUGAUGUGGGGCCAGCGGGCGUCUGCUGUACUUCAGGAUGUACCAUGAGUGAACUAAUUCAGUACUGCUAAGGACGGAUAUAGAGCUCAGAUCUCUGCCCUUAAGUACUUCUGAAGCUGCAUGUGGUACAUUAAAUUAUGCUUCAUUAAACAUUGUAUCUAAGUUACCAUUAUGGUAACAUGGCUUCGUUUGUUAACAUUAGGUACCUAACACGAACUAAAAAUAAAAAUACUUCCAAAGCAUUUUUUAAUCUUAAUUCAUGUUAAUUUUAGCAUUCACUAAUACACUAUUAUAAUCAAAAAGCUGUAACUGUUAAUAGCCUAUGAUUUAACAGACCUGAGUUAACAUGAACUAAAAAUGAACAGUAUUUUUAUUAAUGUUAACAAAGAUUAUUUCUCAUUGUUAAUGUACAAAUUAGAAUUACUGUAAAGUGUUACCAUCAUUAUUAUUGUUGGUAGGGGAUGUAUGCAUGUAAUUUAAUGAAAACAUUGCUGUUAUUUUCUGAAGGCUAUAUAUAUAUAUAACUAUACACACAGAGAAAUCAUAGACUGGCGAUAUUUGACUGGUGAAUUAUUUCAGUAGGACAGAUGACACUGACAGGGACUUUUGUGCAAUGAAUAAAAA